CAAGCCCGGGUCCAUACAAGGGGCUGAACCGGGGGGCAACCUCGAACCCGGGUCCCUCUAGGGGGGCUGAACCGUGGGGCAGCCUUGACCCUGGGUCCCUCUAGGGGGGCUGAACCGGGGGGGCAGCCUCAGGCCUGGGCCCCUACCAGGGGCUGAACCGGGAGGCAGCCUCGAGCCCGGGUCCCUCCGAGGGGCAGACCUGGGGGCCGGCCUCGACCGUGGGUCCCGUGGGGGCCGGCCUCGAGCGCCGGUGCCCCCGUCGCAGCGCCGCGGGCAGCCCCGCUGGCCCGGCCCGGGCCGCCCCCCAGCCGGGCCAUGGCUUGCAGCCUGAAGGACGAGCUGCUCUGCUCCAUCUGCCUGAGCAUCUACCAGGACCCGGUGAGCUUCGGGUGCGAGCACUACUUCUGCCGGCGGUGCAUCACCGAGCACUGGGUGCGCCAGGAGCCCCAGGGUGCCCGGGACUGCCCCGAGUGCCGGCGCACCUUCGCAGAGCCCACCCUGGCUCCCAGCCUCAAGCUGGCCAACAUUGUGGAGCGCUACAGCGCCUUCCCGCUCGACGCCAUCCUGGGCGCCCAGCGCAGCCCCUUCCCCUGCAAGGACCACGAGAAGGUCAAGCUCUUCUGCCUCACCGACCGCGCCGUCGUCUGCUUUUUCUGCGACGAGCCCGCUGUGCACGAGCAGCACCAGGUCACCAACGUGGACGAUGCCUUUGAGGAGCUGCAGCGGGAGCUGAAGGAGCAGCUCCAGGGCCUGCAGGAGAGCGAGCGAGGCCACACCGAGGCCCUGCACCUCCUCAAACGGCAGCUGGCCGAGACCAAGGGGCGUAACGUCCUGCCUGCAGUCCUCGGCCAAGAGCCUGCGGGUGACCAUCGGGGAGGCCUUCGAGCGGCUGCACCGGCUGCUGCGGGAGCGGCAGAAGGCGAUGCUGGAGGAGCUGGAGGCGGACACGGCGCGCACGCUCACCGACAUCGAGCAGAAGAUCCAGCGCUACAGCCAGCAGCUGCGCAAGGUGCAGGAGGGCAGCCAGAUCCUGCAGGAGCGCCUGGCCGAGGCCGACAAGCACGUCUUCCUGGCCGGCGUCGCCUCGCUCUCGGAGAGGCUCAAGGGGAAGAUCCACGAGACGAACCUCACCUACGAGGACUUUCCCACCUCCAAGUACAUGGGCCCGCUGCAGUACACGAUAUGGAAGUCCCUCUUCCAGGACAUCCAUCCCGUGCCGGCAGCCCUGACGCUGGACCCCGGCACGGCCCACCAGCGCCUCAUCCUCUCCGACGACUGCACCAUCGUGGCGUACGGGAACCUGCACCCGCAGCCGCUGCAGGACUCGCCCAAGCGCUUCGACGUGGAGGUCUCGGUGCUGGGCGCGGAGGCCUUCGGCGGCGGCGUGCACUACUGGGAGGUGGUCGUCUCCGAGAAAACCCAGUGGAUGAUCGGGCUGGCGCACGAGGCCGUCACCCGCAAGGGCAGCAUCCAGAUCCAGCCCAGCCGGGGCUUUUACUGCAUCGUCAUGCACGACGGGAACCAGUACAGCGCCUGCACGGAGCCCUGGACCCGGCUCAAUGUCAAGAGCAAGCUGGAGAAAGUGGGCGUCUUCCUGGACUACGACAAGGGUCUGUUGAUCUUCUACAACGCCGACGACAUGUCCUGGCUCUACACCUUCCGGGAGAAGUUCCCCGGCAAGCUCUGCUCCUACUUCAGCCCCGGGCAGAGCCACGCCAACGGGAAGAACGUGCAGCCGCUGCGGAUAAACACCGUCCGCAUCUAGCGGCUCGGGACCGCCGCGCCGGCACGGGGCGCAGCUCGCCCCCAGCGCCGGAGCGGGGCGGGAAGCGGCGGCCGGCGACACCUCGUCCCCGCCGCCCGGCCCCAGCCCGCCCUUUCCCUGCCCACGGCGGGGCUGGAUGCGGCCCGGCCGCCCCGUCUCUGCCGUCCUGUGCUUCCACGCGGCCGCCGGCUCUCGCGCCCCCCCGCGCGCUCCGGCCCCCGCAAUAAAAGGGUGAUUUUUGGCCCGGGGGAGCUGG